GGGUUGUACAUAUAUAUAUAUGUGUGUGACCGAACGUUGCUCUCCACCAGCUUGUGCACCUCCAAAGCUCCUCCGUGACGACAUUUCACGAAAAACGACUUAUAUCCUGCUCUUACAACUAACUUAUACAUUUCUCGCAAAUUUUUGUCAAUUCUUUGCAGAGGUCACUGAACAGGAUAGGUUCUAUAUAUGUCAUGGCUAGUGGUUGGCGCGCAGCGGCCGUGCUGCACUACUUGAUACCACUUGCCAUAGGUCAAUAUACUCCACUACCUAGAUGGGGACAAGCGGUGGCUUUACUGGAAAAUCUUCUAUAUGUUCACGGAGGUCUGACAGAUCAAUACGAUCAAUACUCAUACACAUCUGCACCGCCCACAUCAGAACUAUUGCUCCUUGACCUUUCCGUAUCGUUCAGUGCCACAUCCACCCCGUGGCAACUACUCUCAAAUACAACCACUACGAGCAAUUCUCCUGCUCUAGGAUGGCACACCCUCUCUGCAUUCAACUCAUCUUCAUUUCUGCUUUUCGGGGGUCAACCAGGACCGAAUUCCCAAAUAGUCCUCACUUCACUCAAUGAUUCUGCCACACUUGUUUCCGCUUACGAUCGCACGAACCCGUCAUUUUCCAUUGAGCCUCAGAACUGGGCUGGCGAACCAAUGAGGAGGAUUCGUCAUUCAGCAUCGUCAACUGGCGGUAAGGUCUGGAUUGUCGGUGGCGAGAAGGCUGAUGGAUCCGGCAAUGCGUUCUCUGAUCACCGCCUCUUCAACCCCGUGUUACAAGAGUUCGUAGUGCUUCCAUCUGGCGGUAAUACUCCGCCUGACCUUUAUGGGCACACAUCGCUCAUCCUUCCUGACGGACGACUCCUUGUUUUUGGUGGAUAUUGCGCAUCAUGUGGGAAGCUUAUACCUCUGAAUACCAUCUGGUCUCUUGACACGACACAGGCAACUCUCGCAUGGGAUGUGAUAUCUGUCUCGAAUUCCACCCUGCCAAGUUCACGCCUCGACUUCGCAGCUGUUGUCCUCGCUACGGGAGAAAUACUAAUUCAUGGGGGAGGGGACAGCGAAUUACAAACAACAUAUAGCGAUGGUUGGAUACUAAAUACCGACCAAAAUCCAAUGGUCUGGCAAGAAGCUCAGGCUCUUCAGCAACUUGGCCCUCGCAAGGACCAUCUGGCAAUUCAGUGUAACGGUCAGGUGCUCUUUGCCUUUGGCUACGGAUCCACCGCCCCUGCGUCGGCCACCAUGCAAAUAUAUAACCCUUCUAGUUCAUCCAUGGUAUCCUCAUAUAACCCGCCACCUGCGGGUUCGACCCCGGCCAUCAUUUCUCUUCCUGCACCUUCUCAAACUGGCGACUCUGGGUCGAGUGGGGGGAGUGCAGGUGCACCCUCAGUGGUGUACCCCACGAGUACUGCCGGUGCUGGUUCUAGCUCUAGUAACAACAACACAACCGCUAUCGCCGUAGGCACCACCUUCGGCAUCAUUGGGCUCAUUGCUGGUGGACUUGCAGUUGUCUGGUAUAUUAAACGUUCGCGGGGACGUGAGUCUUCGAGAAAUGGGAGGUUCCUCCUUCUUGGUGGUGACCAUGACCAUGAGUACGACAGUACUGAUGGUGGUCCCGCCAAUUUCUUGGACAUGGAUUCCGAGAUAGAAUCUCAUAGAUGUCGCGGAUUUCUAGGCGCACGCGCCCUCCCGCUGGCUGCAGCUCUUGCUCAUCUUGGGUUAAGCAAACAUGGUUCCCCCUUGCCACCUCGCCCGCGCCGUGACAUGUUCGCCGACGAAGACACACGACAAUUCGGGUGGGGCGGUCCUCCGGAUAUGUUACGCAGGGAAGGCAGUGGCGGGACUAGUUUAUGGUCCAUGCGCUCGAUGAGCGCAAUGGUGCGCGGUAUGAUUUCCAGGGAGCCCAGUGCACGCAAUAGUGGUCGAGAUUGGGACGAAUGGGAGAAAAUUGAGGGUGAUCACGAGAGCGUGAUACACGAAGGCAACAACUCACGCAACGUGAUGCCCAAUAGCGGACACCCCCACGAACGAGAUGGCAGCUUACGGUCAUACGUAGAUCCUUUCUCAGAUCCUUUGCCACACGAUGAGGAGUACAACUUGUAUCGGUCAAACCAUGGUGCUCUCAAACUUGAUGGCGAGCACGACAACAUUGAUGUUGAUGCUAGAAGCCUAGACCCAUCACCCCUUUGCCCACCGAGGACCCCUCUGCCUCUCUCCACACCCAUUCCCACCCUCAGUCCUUUGCGUGAGGUCGCGUCAGAUUCAGCCGACACCCUAGCAUCACGUACUGGUUCAUCGCAAAAUAAUUCGUCUUCCAAGGGUGACUCUUCCGGCAACACUUAUCCUUCCCAACCAAGCUUUAUCUCGCAGUCGGCUUAUAGUCCUGUGACCCCUCCCACAUUGUACUCCUCUACUCCAAUCAUUGCACUCUCGCAUCGUCACUCGUCCAUUCUCGACUCGCAUCCGCCUUCUUUCAACCCCAUCCGUCGAUCAGACAGCUGGUGGGCGCGAUUUAUGAAGACAUCUCUUCUUGAUCGACGCAAUUCUACCGGUCAGAAACCACUGGAUUUACGGGACCCUAACCCAGCUCCGCGUCUCAUGUCCAUCAACGAAUCGAAUGCUUCCCCGGACUCUCUUGAGUCCAGACAUGAGCUCGCGGUCCAAAAUAUUCGCUUGAGCUCUCCGUCUGUCCAUAGUGGCUGGACAGCGAAUACUGAGGUCGCAGAGCGGCUAUGUGGAAGCUACGAUGUCGUACAGAGAAUCGCAUCGGAUGGGUCCACGUCACGCCGAACAGCUUCGAUUGGUUCGAUUAGUGCGAAUGAACACGGAAUAUUGAGUGGCCUAUCAUCCGAUCAAACCAAACUUACCUCUUUCCUACCCAUAUCUCCGUCAUCAAAUCCCUCUUCUUUCUCAAAUGAGCCUUCGAGGACUGGACCCACCACACAUGGUUCUCCGUUCACAAGGGCCGCAGCUCAUGCUGUGACAUCUAGGGUUCAGGAAAUCGAACGGCAGAUGACAAACAAUCUGGAGGCGGAACGUUAUCCACCUCCGCGGAAUACCCGCAAGCGAGAAGAAGUGCCUUCGCGUACCCGUCCAAGCAUUCAGUAUGGUCUAGCUCCGCGAGCAUCGUUGUAUGUUGCCAACCCUGACAGUGGUGUGCCUACAUUGUGAUGAUUUGUGACUUCUACCCCUUUGUUAAUCUGAACUCAUUCUGGAAGCGAUAUUUGUAUUGUUUACCUCCUGUCUUUACUGCCGUUGUUUUAGUAGCUGUACACUAGAUACCAUAUGACUGACGAUUAUUCCGUACCAGCUUCCUUUUUCUGGUCUGUGUACUAUUACUACUCCAGACCUAACGUCUUCAACUACCGCGAUACCUUCGGACCAUAGAUAUAUGUAUUUCAAAAAAAUCAUUCGGCG